CAUUUUCCUUUCUGCUUUUCCCGUUUUCCCAAUGAAAAUUUGGAGGAGAGGGUAGGUGGCCACUGACUUGCUACAUCUUAACAACCUUCAACACCACCACCACCACCAAUUUAUACCAACUGCCCAAACCUCAUUACCCACCAAUCCCAAUCAUUUCCUUUUCCUCUUCUUCUUCUCUUGGCACUGAAUUCGAUACUUGUUCAAUGGCUUCUUCUUCUCUUUCAUCCAAGCCUUUCCUUGGGGCUUACCGGCUUGAUGGGUCUUCCUCGCUUUCCAACCUCCGGGACCUCUCUAUCGCCACAGUCCAGAUCUCCUUCCGCCCACGAACCCCCAAAAAGCUCCAAAUACAUGCUGCGGGGAGUACAUAUGGUACUUACUUUCGUGUUACAACUUUUGGAGAGUCUCAUGGAGGUGGCGUUGGUUGUAUCGUUGAUGGAUGCCCUCCUCGUAUCCCUUUAUCAGAAGCUGAUUUGCAAGUUGAUCUGGAUAGGAGGAGGCCAGGUCAGAGUCGAAUUACCACCCCUAGAAAAGAGACUGAUACAUGCAAAAUAUAUUCAGGUGUCUCUGAAGGAGUGACUACUGGAACACCCAUCCAUGUGUUUGUACCCAAUACAGAUCAAAGAGGACAUGAUUACAGUGAAAUGUCAGUAGCUUAUAGGCCUUCUCAUGCAGAUGCAACUUAUGACAUGAAGUAUGGUGUCAGAUCUGUCCAGGGUGGGGGUAGAUCUUCAGCAAGAGAGACUAUUGGAAGAGUUGCAUCGGGAGCUAUUGCAAAGAAAAUUCUCAGGCAAUUUUCUGGAACUGAGAUUCUUGCUUAUGUCUCCCAAGUUCACCAGGUGGUACUUCCAGAGGACCAGAUUGAUCACCAGUCUCUGACACUUGAUCAGAUAGAGAGCAACAUCGUCAGGUGUCCAGAUCCUGAAUAUGCAGAGAAGAUGAUUGCUGCCAUUGACACUGUCCGAGUAAGAGGGGAUUCUGUUGGUGGAGUGGUCACAUGCAUUGUGAGGAAUGCCCCACGUGGGCUUGGUUCACCAGUCUUUGACAAACUUGAAGCUGAGCUGGCUAAAGCUGCCUUGUCACUACCUGCAACAAAGGGCUUUGAAUUUGGCAGUGGGUUUGCAGGCACUUUUUUGACUGGCAGUGAACAUAAUGAUGAAUUUUACGUGGAUGAACAUGGAAAAAUCAGGACAAGAACAAAUCGUUCUGGUGGUAUACAGGGAGGAAUAUCCAAUGGUGAAACUAUAAACAUGAGAAUAGCUUUCAAGCCAACAUCUACAAUAGGAAGGAAACAACAAACGGUGACUAGAGAUAAGAAGGAGACAGAAUUAAUUGCCCGUGGUCGCCAUGAUCCUUGUGUUGUCCCACGAGCGGUGCCUAUGGUAGAAGCCAUGGUGGCUCUGGUUCUCAUGGACCAAUUAAUGGCACAAUAUGCUCAGUGUUAUAUGUUUCCCGUGAAUCCAGAGCUACAAGAGCCGAUCAAGUUGCCGCCAAGUAUUGAGGCAAUGAACAUGUCCAUUUGAAAGGCAACAAAAGUUGUAACAAUUUUUCAUUCUGGAUUUAGCUUUCCUUAAAGAUUGUUAUAAAUUUUCCAAUGAGAGUGAGACACUUCCAUAGUCAUGGCAUUACAAGUUUGGGGCCUUAAUUACCCCUUUUGAAUUCUAGUGUUUCUGCUUUGUUGUAAUUUCUCAAAUUGCAGGGUUAAUAUUUGUUUUACCUUUGUUGCAAUGUAAACAGAUACCAACUAUUUAUUUACAAAUAAAACCUGUCCAAGCAUAAAGCUUGUGGACUUGUUUUCUA